CAGCAGGCUAACUUCUAAAUGCACUCUUACUAGCGUUCAGCGAAGAACCUUAGCUUCGCUCGAUCGCCGGAUGAUUGCCGCCUAAAAUCAGUCAAACAUGUCUCUCUGAGGCAACUACAUUUACAACGCCACUCUUCUAGUCGGCAUCUUUCGUCCUACCCCGAAUCAAGUGCCAGCACUACUUAUAUAACCCAUGAAAUCCCUCUACCUAGAUUUCCUUCCCUUCCCAACCAUAUUUCGUCUUCAAUCCAGUUUGUUCGCAACCAUGGCACUCAUUAAACUCACCGUCAUCUCGGAUCCAGUUUGCCCAUGGGUAUGUUACAAUCCACCCACGGCUUCUUAUAUCCAUUUGAAUCUAAACUUCCAUACACAAUGCUAUAUCGGCUAUCGCCGCCUAACCAAGGCCAUCCGCCUAUACCAGAAAACCUAUCCUGGUGGAAGCCAAGAUCGCAUCCGCAUCUCCUGGAAACCGUACUUUCUAGACCGCGAGGCUCCAAUGGAAAGUGUACCCUACAUAGAGCGAAUGACCCAAAGACUCGGAGCUGAUAAAGUUCUUGCCGCAAAAGCUCGGUUGGAGCGACUAGGCGUACAAGAAGGGAUCCAUUUCAAGUUCGGAGGUCGAUUUGGAAGUAGUCUACGUGCGCAUCAAGUGAUGUUGCUGAGCGAGUUGGUUAGUCGGGAAGAAGAGAAUGAUGGACGUGGUGUUCGCGAUAUUGCUACGGCUGUUGCUGAAGGCAUCUUCCGAGCUCAUUUCGAGGAUGAGUUGGAAAUCACUGAUAUUGAAACCCUGGUGCGCGUUGCCGUGUACGCUAGUGAGGGGUAUUUGGAGGAAGCGAGAGUCCGGGCCUGGCUUGAGCAGGGACAGGGGGUGGAAGAGAUUGAUGAUAUGGCGGCAACGGCUCGUCGGGAAGGCGCUCACGGUGUGCCAUACUUUCGGAUUAGCGGAGGAGAGGUUGCUGAAGGUGGGGCGUUGACUUUAAGUGGUACCCAGGAUGUCGAUGAGUUCUUGAAAGCUCUCAUUGCACAUAAAACAGGAAAGGAACUGGAAUCUGCGGACCAGGAGGCAGGUCAGGCCAUGACUUCGUGUUGAGUUUAUGAGAUGCGUCAAGUGAACAUGUACUAUUACUGAGUCAAGGAGCUCAUGCAACUAUGUACAAGUUUGGUCUGGAUACGUUCUGCUUCAUCCUCACUGUUCUCACCCUGCUUCUCUGUUUACUUUCCUUGCGGCAAGUAAACGCUCAUCUCAAACCCAUUAGUGAAAGGCAAAGUCAUGUUGCGGAAGCCAUUCUCAGGCGAUCUCAAGAACGACAGCAGAUCCGCGUAGCCCUGAGCGCCGGAGAUCGUAUUAUCAGUAAGAACAACUGCACCGUGUCGAAGGUGAGGGAGAACAGUUUUG